ACUCACUGCCAAGCCCACCUCCACCUUCUGGCUUCUGCUAUUAAUUAGCUCUCAUUUUCAAAACUUUUCGAUAUCAUUAAACAAAACACACAGCAACGUGCUCUUCCAUAACCUACGAUCUAGAGAUCCUAAAAAAUAGAAAAAAAUAUAUCAAACACCAUUACUCUUCUUCUCCUCCUCUUCACUUCCCCAUCUCCUCUGCAAAAAUCUUUAAUACUUAUCAGCUACAUUUUUCAGAAUUUGCUUCAAUUCAUUUGUCAAACUAUAGCAAGCAAUGUCAGCUCAUCUCUCCAAGACAGAUUCUGAGGUAAGCAGCCUAACUCAGUCGUCUCCCGCAAGAUCAUCUCCACCUCGCCGCCCUGUAUACUACGUGCAAAGCCCGUCGAGAGAUUCCCAUGAUGGCGAGAAAACCACCAAUUCAUUCCAUUCGACUCCAGUUCUUAGUCCCAUGGGAUCUCCUCCUCAUUCUCACUCCAACUCUUCCUUAGGGCCUCAUUCUCGCGAGUCCUCCUCUACCCGUUUCUCCGGUUCUCUCAAGCCUCACCGCAAGAAUGAUGGAUCCAACCGCAAAGUCAGCCGCAAACCAUGGAAGGAGUUCGACGCCAUUGAAGAAGAGGGUCUUCUUGAUGGUGAUAUUUCCCCACAUGGGUUGCCUCGUCGUUGCUAUUUUCUUGCUUUUGUUGUGGGCUUCUGUGUACUUUUCUCUGUGUUCUCAUUGAUUCUUUGGGGUGCAAGUCGACCUCAGAAACCUACUGUCACCAUGAAGAGUAUAGUGUUUGAUCAAUUUGUAGUACAAGCUGGUGCGGAUUUUUCAGGAGUAGCUACAGAAUUGGUGUCCAUGAAUUGCUCGGUGAAGCUCACAUUUCGCAACACUGCCACGUUCUUUGGUGUUCAUGUAACAGCGACGCCUCUAGAUCUGACCUACUCUCAGCUCACUGUAGCCACUGGAACCAUUAGAAAGUUUUAUCAAUCAAGAAAGAGCCAAAGAUCAUUAACAGUGAUGGUCAAGGGAAGUAGCAUCCCAUUGUAUGGUGGGGGAGCUAACUUGGGCAGCUUGAAUGGUGCACCGACUCAGCCAGUGCCAUUGACACUUAACUUCAUGGUUCGAUCAAGGGCUUAUGUUUUGGGGAAGCUGGUGAAGCCCAAGUUCUACAAAAGGGUGAAAUGCUCGGUCGUCAUGGACCCAAAGAAAAUGAAUGUGGCAAUUUCGCUGAAGAACAGGUGCAAUUAUCAGUGAAAAUGAAUUGAUUCAAUAAUCAUGUGUCCUUUGAUGAUGCAUGAAUUUUGGAAGGAAAUUACAGAGAGUGUUAUUUGAUAUUUUUUGGUAUUUUUGGAAAUAUGUAAGGAAUUAUUAUAAGAUAUAAGUAGAUGAAGAUAAUGGAGAGAAAAGAUGUUUUGGGGUAAGUGAAAGAAGAGAGCAUAUCACUGGAUUAUGGUCAGGUGUUGUUUCCUGGCCCCAUAAAAAAUCUCCAUAUCUAAUCUGCAUAUGAAUCCGUCGGUGGCUUCUUUUUCUCUCUUAUAUAUACAUAUUAGA